AGAUCACUUCAAAAAUGCAAUCGGGAGACAAACCAAACCAGUCAGCAAAACAGAGACCUCAGGGCUUCACGUUGAUCUCCUGGCUUUCUAGCACAGUGUCCUCACACUCUUGCUGUUCAUUUAUCCUCGUUAUACUGCACACCCUAAAACGACAUUGCCAUUGUAGAAGGAGCUCUGAGGAGAGAAGAAUGGAAGUCUUGCUCAUCUUUACCAUUCUGCUGUUGGCACCUCAGUCUCCAGUGGUCUGUGCAGACGACAGAAUAGCAGUCAGCCCCGCUGAUGCCACAGUGCAGAUUGGGGGAAGCAUCACACUGAUCUGCUCCACUACCUGUCCCAAUGGAAAGCCAGAAUGGAAGAAAGGUCUCGACGCUCUCCCUUAUAAACCUCGCACAUCCGGGGAACGCAGCGAAAUAGAAAUCCAAGACGCUCAGACUGAACACGAAGGAACGUACAUGUGCAUGGUCAUGUGCGAGCAAAAAACAAUUCGAAAGAUACUGGCGUUAACAGUCUUCUCACUGCCGGAUCUGACCGUGCAAUGUGAUCCCAAAGAGCCGGUCUCUGGGCAGCCCUUCAGCCUCUCGUGUUCCUUGCAUGGGGUGUACCCUCCCGGCUCAGUGCAGAUGCGCUGGUUACACGGGGAGCGUGUCAUCGAAGGACCCGCCGGCGCAGAGGAAAGCGCAGACGACACGUUUUACAAUUACGAGCUCACGACAAAACAGCAGCUUCACGCCACAACUGCAGAAUACAGAUGCGAAGCAGACCUGGUUUUACCAAACAAGCUGAUAAAAACGAAAAACCAAACCCUGCCGUUACAUUUUCAAGUUGUUCCCUCCAUGUCCACGUCGUUCCUGCGCAAGCCCCUGGGGGAGCCGGCCUCCUUCACAUGCAAGGCAGAUCCCUCCUUCAGCAUCUCCUGGGCAAAGCUAGGCAGCCAGGGAGCAUGGGGUCCUCCGGGUCACUGGAAUCUCUCUGUCAGCGCGGGCUUCUCACUGGUGCACAUAGAGGCACUGCAGCCGGGCGACAGCGGAAACUACAGCUGCAUCCUCAACAACGAAGCCACCAAAGUGGCGCUCAGCAUAACCAUUGAGGUUUCCUACGCUCCUAAGAAUACCUCACUGACCCCCUCUGAGCCCUCGGUCAAGGAAGGAGACCCUCUGACACUGACCUGCAGGGGGGACGCCAGCCCAGAGCCUCAGAUCCGCUGGACUAAACUGAACUCCACAUUACCAGACAGCUGGAGCCUCUCUACAGGCCAGGGGCAGUCCACACUGACAGCCCCCUCCCUCGCCCCCGAGCACAGCGGCACCUACCAGUGUGAAAUCAGCAACGGCGUUGGCAGGGAGGCCCUGACCACAACGCUCGACGUGCUGUACGCUCCUAAAAAUACCUCACUGACCCCCUCUGAGCCCUCGGUCAAGGAAGGAGACCCCCUGACACUGACCUGCAUGGGGGACGCCAGCCCAGAGCCUCAGAUCCGCUGGACUAAACUGAACUCCACAUUACCAGACAGCUGGAGCCUCUCUACAGGCCAGGGGCAGUCCACACUGACAGCCCCCUCCCUCGCCCCCGAGCACAGCGGCACCUACCAGUGUGAAAUCAGCAACGUCGUUGGCAGGGAGGCCCUGACCACAACGCUCGACGUGCUGUACGCUCCUAAGAAUACCUCACUGACCCCCUCUGAGCCCUCGGUCAAGGAAGGAGACCCCCUGACACUGACCUGCAGGGGGGACGCCAGCCCAGAGCCUCAGAUCCGCUGGACUAAACUGAACUCCACAUUACCAGACAGCUGGAGCCUCUCUACAGGCCAGGGGCAGUCCACACUGACAGCCCCCUCCCUCGCCCCCGAGCACAGCGGCACCUACCAGUGUGAAAUCAGCAACGGCGUUGGCAGGGAGGCCCUGACCACAACGCUCGACGUGCUGUACGCUCCUAAAAAUACCUCACUGACCCCCUCUGAGCCCUCGGUCAAGGAAGGAGACCCCCUGACACUGACCUGCAGGUGGGACGCCAGCCCAGAGCCUCAGAUCCGCUGGACUAAACUGAACUCCACAUUACCAGACAGCUGGAGCCUCUCUACAGGCCAGGGGCAGUCCACACUGACAGCCCCCUCCCUCGCCCCCGAGCACAGCGGCACCUACCAGUGUGAAAUCAGCAACGGCGUUGGCAGGGAGGCCCUGACCACAACGCUCGACGUGCUGUACGCUCCUAAGAAUACCUCACUGACCCCCUCUGAGCCCUCGGUCAAGGAAGGAGACCCUCUGACACUGACCUGCAGGGGGGACGCCAGCCCAGAGCCUCAGAUCCGCUGGACUAAACUGAACUCCACAUUACCAGACAGCUGGAGCCUCUCUACAGGCCAGGGGCAGUCCACACUGACAGCCCCCUCCCUCGCCCCCGAGCACAGCGGCACCUACCAGUGUGAAAUCAGCAACGGCGUUGGCAGGGAGGCCCUGACCACAACGCUCGACGUGCUGUACGCUCCUAAAAAUACCUCACUGACCCCCUCUGAGCCCUCGGUCAAGGAAGGAGACCCCCUGACACUGACCUGCAGGGGGGACGCCAGCCCAGAGCCUCAGAUCCGCUGGACUAAACUGAACUCCACAUUACCAGACAGCUGGAGCCUCUCUACAGGCCAGGGGCAGUCCACACUGACAGCCCCCUCCCUCGCCCCCGAGCACAGCGGCACCUACCAGUGUGAAAUCAGCAACAGCGUUGGCAGGGAGGCCCUGACCACAACGCUCGACGUGCUGUACGCUCCUAAGAAUACCUCACUGACCCCCUCUGAGCCCUCGGUCAAGGAAGGAGACCCCCUGACACUGACCUGCAGGGGGGACGCCAGCCCAGAGCCUCAGAUCCGCUGGACUAAACUGAACUCCACAUUACCAGACAGCUGGAGCCUCUCUACAGGCCAGGGGCAGUCCACACUGACAGCCCCCUCCCUCGCCCCCGAGCACAGCGGCACCUACCAGUGUGAAAUCAGCAACGGCGUUGGCAGGAAGGCCCUGACCACAACGCUCGACGUGCUGUACAGUCCCAGGAAUAUCGGAGCCGACUCUGGAGUCAUCACAGGGAAUGAAGGCCAGCCUCUGAAAAUCAACUGCAGCUGGGAUGCAAAUCCCAAGCCGGAUAUCCAGUGGCUCAAACUGGGCUCGGAGAAACAGGAUCACUGGGAGAUAUCAGAAUCCGGGAAGAAUUCCCAGCUGAGGAUCAAUGCCCUGGGAUCUGAUGAUCUUGGGGUUUACACCUGUCUGAUCAGAAACAAAAUGGGGGAAAUCCACAGUAACACAACAGUGAGAGCGACGGGUGAACACGGAGUGCAGAUCAUGACCAUAACGAUAGCCACUGCGCUGCCCGCACUGGUCUUGUCAUUAUUUGGAGCUCUUGUGGGUUGGUUGAGAAAGAACAGACAGUCUUCACUCAGUAUAAACCCAUAAGUGAUUGCAUGCUCUUCCCCUAGUUUACCUUUGUUUCGUUGUGGCUUUUGAAGCGUAGCGGGACAAUGGUGCUGGCUACAGUAAGACACCGUGCCUUGACCUUCACCCACCCUCUCCCCCCCAUUCCUGUCUGCCAUUCACCUGAGUGGUCAGCUGGGCAGUGACUUUGUGAUGUGGACUAAUGGUGUAAUGUGGGGGGGGGGCUAAGUUUUGUGUUUCGUUAUCUGAGCUGUAUUUUGAAGCCAGCAGAGGUGCAAUGCGGCAGAACCCACUACUCCUCCUAACUCCCCAGCUCUGUCCUGUCCUCCAUGGAUCUCAGGACACAGGCAUCGAAACUUUCACACUCUAAUCAGCCCAGACUUCGAUCUGAUUCAGCCCACUGUGGCGAGGUAGAUUGGGCCAUCGAACUGAUAACGUCUUCACAGCUAAUCUCGGUGUAAAACUUCGGCUUGCUUUAAUAUUCUGUAUUUCCAAAGAUGUGUAAAUAUUUUAAUUGUACGCCUCUGCUUGUUGCUGUACAUAUACUGUCAUGAAGGAAUAAUGCUGCGUUCUUGCAGAACAAGUUAGUGUAUGUUACCGUCUGUGCCUUAUUUCACAAGUGCUAGAUUAAAUAUGUAUUUUCAUAUCGUUUACAUUUAUUUUUUUAACGCACCUAAUCCAAAACAUCAAAACUGCUUGGCCCGAAGCUCAAAGCUAUUGCUCAUUGCUCUCCUUUCUGAUAAUGUUGUGCCAGUAGCUUUGAGACAUUAUUUUUUACCACGUUAAGCAAUAUGUAGCAAUAUGUAUAUUUAGCAAUUUAGAGUGGUUCCGAGAAUGGGUGGUAAUCCAUCUCUUUGAGUGUCAGAUGCUUAUCAAGUCAAUAACAAAGCCUUAUCACAUUAUUCAGCAAAACACUGCAAAGACAUUUUUCUCUGGGCUAAUACUAAAGA